UUGGCCAUAAAUUUGUUGGUGGCAGGUCGUUCACCGAACCCUUAACCAGCUACAUGAUCACAACCCCAUGUUCCAUUUAUGAGUUGUUAUACUAAUUCUUAACUAAAUUUUUGCAACCAAAAAACAAAAACAAAAGCACAUAUACAUCUCCAUAAGUACAACUUUCCAAUCCUUUCUCACUUCCCUUUUAUCUGUUUUUCUAUUUCUGCACUACUAGCUACUUUUUUCUCAACUAAUCUCAUUUACUUCAUUUCACCACCCCUUAGCUUCCUUCAUUCAAUGCUUGAAUUUAAAGAGCAGCUCCUUUUCUCUGCAGAAAUUAGUUGGGGAGCUUUUCAUCCCAACCCCCUAACCCCCACCAUCCCUCAUUUGUAUUUUUCCUUUUGAUUGCCCACUGUUAAGUUUUGGCUAUAGUGGUUUUACUUGAUGUCCUUUUGCUACAAAUCUUGAAUAUAGCUUUUUUUUUUUUAUAUGCAUUUAUUGUGUUUGCCAGAGAGAAAAAAAUUAGAUGGUGAAAUCCAAGAUACAGUCUGGCUCUUAGUUAUUGCUCCUCAAUUCUACUUCAACUACUACUAUUAUUUUCCUCCCCUAUAAAUUCCCUUUUAUUCUCCUUUUCUUUUGUUAAAUCUCAUAGUACUAUCUACUCCAUUGGCCGUCUUUUUUUCUUCUUAAUUUAUAUGCUUCAUUCUCUCAAAACAUGGACAUUGCCAUAGCUUUACUCUUGUUCACUGCCAUAACUUGUUAUCUUCUAUGGUUCACCUUCAUCUCAAGAUCUCUCAAGGGUCCACGUGUCUGGCCCUUAUUGGGCAGCUUACCGGGCUUGAUCGAGAACUCCGAGCGUAUGCAUGACUGGAUUGUGGACAACCUCCGCGCGUGUGGUGGCACGUACCAGACAUGCAUAUGUGCUAUCCCAUUCUUGGCCCGGAAGCAAGGUCUCGUGACUGUCACGUGCGACCCGAAAAACUUGGAGCAUAUUUUGAAGACCCGAUUCGAGAACUACCCGAAGGGUCCGACUUGGCAAGCCGUUUUCCAUGAGCUGCUUGGCCAAGGAAUUUUUAACUCUGAUGGUGACACGUGGCUGUUUCAAAGGAAGACGGCGGCGCUUGAGUUCACGACUCGGACGCUCCGCCAAGCCAUGGCUCGAUGGGUCAACCGAGCCAUUCAGCUUAGGUUCUGUCCAAUUCUUAAGACGGCUCAGCUUGAAAACAAGCCUGUUGAUUUACAAGAUCUUUUACUUAGGCUCACUUUUGACAACAUUUGCGGCUUGGCUUUUGGCAAGGACCCACAAACAUUGGCACCCGGCUUGCCGGAGAAUACCUUCGCUUCGGCUUUUGACCGGGCCACGGAGGCGUCGCUGCAGCGAUUCAUAUUGCCAGAAGUUAUAUGGAAGCUGAAGAAAUGGCUUGGGCUAGGAAUGGAAGUCAGCUUGAACCGAAGCCUUGUACAGCUGGACAAAUAUAUGUCUGACAUCAUAAAUACACGUAAGCUUGAGCUGAUGAGUCAGCAAAAAGAUGGAAACCCUCAUGAUGACUUGUUAUCAAGGUUCAUGAAAAAGAAAGAAUCCUACACGGACAAGUUCUUGCAACACGUGGCACUCAACUUCAUCCUAGCUGGACGU